AACGCUAUGAAUGUAAACAAUUAUUUCUCUCUUCUCUUCGUGGUCGGGAUCUGCCUGUGUUCUUGGCACUUUUUAAACUCUUUACCCUGUAUUAUGAACAGGGGAUAGCGUGCUUACCAGAAAUAAGAAUCGCAAUGUGACCCUUCAGGAAUAUAAUGUUCUGCAGGAAAGAGGAGCCUUUCAGUCUCCAUGGGAUUUCGUGACAUCCACAGUGAGCGGCAGAGGGCAGAUAGAACAACUGUUGCUGAAAGAAGAUUCUGCACUGGUAGAAUAUCAAGCCAUCUUCAAGAAUGGAUUCUGCAAAUGCUGAAGUAAAACUGGAGGUCAAAGAAGAACCAGAAUAUGUAUAUGUGGAUGAAACGAUUUGUUUGGUGAAACUAGAGGAAAAGGAAUAUCAUACGACUGUACUCAAGCAAGAAGGAGAGAGAAUUGUGGCAGAUGUUGGACUUUGCGACAAUCCCCAGAAGUCAUUGCGUGGCGCAGGUCAGCGAAAACAAAUCUUCAAAGUGCAGAAGUCUGAUCAGCCCCUUGUGGGAACAAAGAGAAAGAUCCUACCAAGGCCACAAAUACAAAUUCAGAAUUUGAAUUUUAGGGCAAAUCCUCUCCCUGUCACACAAGUUCAGGUUGUUGCUCAGCAUCAAGCACAAAAGGCAGAACCAAAGAAGCAACAUGGUUUGACUGUCAAAAAUAUGUCACCAUUGAAAUCGCAGUCAAGCACUUCCAGGGGACGAAAAAUACUACCACGACCUCUUUUCCCCAAGAAUAUAGGACAGUUGCAGCCUAACAAGACAAAUAUUCAACAUUCAAUUUCACUGAAUAAGCCACAGUCCAUUGCUUCAGGUAACACUUGCAAUGUGUUGGCUGUGAAUCCCACUACUGUAAAUGUUUCUCAUACAUUACCCAUGCAGAGUCCUGCCCAUGUGCCAACUCAAGUAAAGAGUCAAGCAGCAGUACCAGAAUUCACUUCAACUUGUGCUUCAAAUAUGCAGACAGUACUUCCUGUGAAGCCAACCAAAAAUGGAUGCAUGCAACUGAAAAAGGCUCUUGCACCUGGAAGAAAACUUUUGCCACGACCUCAGCAGACUCCCUGUAAUCAAGGAGCAUAUAUCUCUUCACAGCAGAUGCAGUCAGUGUCUGCUCUUCAGCAAGUACAGUCUAUUAAUCCUGUUUCAACAUCACAAAAUAUUACAAAUCAACAGUUUCAGAACAUAAAUUCAGCCAGCAUUCAGCAAAGUCCAACAUCACUUCAGUCUCUUCAGGGCAUUCCACCCGUCAAUGUUCAGCCCACUCUUCCAGUUCAGCAGUUACAGAACAUUCCAACUGUAAGUUCACAGCAGGCUUUGCCUUUGCAGCAGCUGCCAAAUGUAACUUUUGAAAAUGCAACCAAGUCUGUACCAAUACAACAUUUACAGAGCAUUCCGGCUGUAAGUAUUCAUCAGUCUUUGCCCUUGCAGUCUCUCCAGGAAGUUGUGACAACUAAUUCACUUCAACCAUUACAAGCUUUGCCUUCAGCAAGUGCUCAUCAUUCUAUGCCACUUCAGCCUCUACCAAACAUAUCCUCAAAUUUAAUGCCAUCACUUCCAAAACUUGCACCUGCAAACAUGCAAACAUCUAUAUCAGUUAAACCUAUCCCCACUGCAGCUGUACAGCAGCAACUCUCUGUACAGUCUCUUCAAGCCAUUAGUCCUGGAAGUGCAGGAAAAGAUAUGCCAGUACAGUAUGUUGGCAGUGCACAUCCUUGUACACGAUCGGCUGUGCCUCAUCAGGAAUUGAGAAAUAUCACAACAAUCACUACACAAGCAGUGCCUGUUCAGGGACAGUGUAUUCUUUCUGCUUCAAAGCAGCACAAUAUUCCAAUACAGACAGUACAUCCUGUCAGUAAAAUUAACACAUGCUCUUCACUUCCUGUACAACUCCAGUCUAGUCAGCAGCAGCUGCCCCUUCAACAAAUUCAGCCAAAUCCAAAUGCAGUUCCCCAACAAUCAGUACCUAUUCAACAACUUUCUUCAAAUGUCCACAGCAGUGGGAAGAGGAAUUUGAACUUCCAGCAGAUUCAGUCAGUGACACAGUCAAAAGAAACCAAGAUUUCACUACAGCCAGUUUGUCCUGUGACAUCGUCAGGAACACAUCUUGUUCAGCUGCAUCAUGUUACCCCAGAUGCCAUUCAGCAAAUAAAGACUGUCAGUACCUCUGUGUCAAACAAUUUGAUGUCUUCUCAGAAAUUUCAGCCUGUUGCCCCCAAACUUAGGCCUGAUGAAACUGCAACUAAUAUAUCAUCAACUCAGGGUCUCUCACUUCAAAUGAAAUCAGUGACUCAGGUUGGUUCAAAUUUGAAGUUGCCAUUACCAGCAAUCAACAAAGGAAUACCAAAUAAUACUUCUCAUCAGGUUGUUCAUAAAAGAAGAUAUCUCACAAGAAGGAGCAAAGCUGUCUGCUGUACAAAGCCAAAACGAAAAAUUCUACCUCGUCCUAUUUUGCCAACAGCAAAUGAUAGUACACCAUUGCAUCAAGCAGCAACCUUGGUCCCUACUAAGAUAAUGACUCAGGAAGUUAUGAAGUCUGCUGCUAUUGAAAAAAGUGUAACUGUUUUUGUGCCACACGUAGGCUCAGCCACUUCUAAUAUGACACAGGAGUGUAUUCCAGUACCUCAAGCUACCACAAUUGAUUCACCAAAGAAACUUUCUUCCUCACAGCAGGAACAUGCUGCCUUCAGUUAUGACAACUGUGUAUCAUUACCUGAACAGCAGAAACUUUUUGUAAAAAACAGUGUUGAGAAUGCUGUUCCAUGUCACAUAUUAAAGUCAGAUGGCUCAACAGAUAACCUUAUAACUUCAUGUGAUGCAGAUUCACAUAUUGCUCUCUCUUUUGAAGCAAAUGAAAAAACAAACUUUGACUUCUUAGAAUCGUUGGAGCAAAAUCAAGAAGUCUACAGAAAGAUUAACAGCAAUGCCUUGCCUACAAAAGUAAGUUCUGAUUUAGUAAACACUAGUCCAAAUCUGGUUGGAAGUGUUAGGUCUCAGACUGCUCAUGUGUAUGGUCUAACUUUUAAAGACUUGUGUGAUGAUUUAAGUAUGAGCACUGGAGAAAUAACAGGUCUUCAGGGGAAUAGCUAUUCAUCAUUAAAGUCAGUAGAUACAUCUGCACAUGAGCAAGAAAAAGUAGCUGCUUCAACAAAAAGUCUAGAUAUGAUACAAGAGGGUUGGAAAGAUCCUAAUAUGGAUGAAAAUUCCAUAAGACUGUUUGAAUUACAAUAUUCCAAUGAUGAAAGCAUAAAAGAGACUGAUAUCACUUCCCAUGACAGUGACCCUGUUGCUGAAAGUAACUUCUUACCAGAAAAUACUAGUGAUCUGUCCCAGAAGAACGACAUUAUUUACCAUCAGGAAGAUUCUUUAAGAAUAUCUAAGAAUGAGGAAAUUGCUGAAGAAACACAGCUUCUCAAUGUAUCAAAUCUUACAGAUGUUAGUGCUGUUAAUGACCCAUUGAAGCAAGUAACUUAUAUGAUGGUGAAUGAUGGUGUUCCAGGUACUCAGUUGUUACAGUAUUCAGAAGAUUCCUCUACUAAGGAUGCUAGCAUAAUGGAUGAUUCCCAAGAUAACAUUAAUGAUGCUUCUGAUGGGGAAUUACUUAUUCAGUACCAGCCAGUGUCCACAUCGUGCACAAGCAGUGAACAGUCACAUAUAAAUGAAGUACAUGAUAAUAGUAUUAUUUAUCAAAAGCCCCAAGUGCAAGGUACCGCUAGUAACUCGCUUUUCCAAGAGCCAUCUUCCAACACCAUCUCAGAGGGUAUACAAAGUGCAGUAUUAGUUGCUGAACUUUCCCAAAGAAGCGAUAGUGUGUGCCAAAAGAAAAUUUCAACAGAUGAAGACCAGACGGGCAGCCAGCAGCUCAACAAAGAGCAAGCAGAGCCAUUGGAAAACCACCGCCAAACAGAACAGGAGGGGAGGAAGCAGAUGUGGGCAGCAAAAGGCCUAAGAGGGUUAAAAAGGAAAUGGAACAAAUGCUCCAAUGGCCAUUUUUCUCAGGGAGUAGUUCCUGACUAUUAUAAGAAGAAUUUUAGGUCCUUCCACACAUUUCAGCUGCAAAAGCGAAGAGUGCUAGAAAUGAGCUGUUUGAGGCAAAAGAUAGUGAGUCAGGGAAUCAGAAUCAGAUGCCUGGAGCAGGAACUUCAAGAAGAAAGGAAGAAGAAUGAGUUAUUAAGAAGAAAGUUACUCAAGACGAUCGGCGGCAAAAAGACCGAAAAGAAAGGGGAAGAUCACUCUCUCGCUGGAGGGAAAUGCCAGCCUCAGGUGCAGGAAUCUGCAGAAGGAGGAACACUACAGAAGGCAGAAGAAUGUAAGACAGAAGAGGAAAAAGACUCCGGCCAGCAGUGCGAGGUGCCGUCAAACUCGGCCAGUCAAGAUGGUCUGUCAGGGAUGAUUCACAACUUCAUGGUGCGGGAUGACGUGUCGCAGCCGUGCCGCGAAGAAGGCGAGAAGGGCUUCCUGCGGGCCCGCCUCCACUUCCUCCAGGUGCUCCACAAACGUUUCCUGGCCGACUGCUGCAGGGCAUGCACUUUUGAAACAUUUGCCAAGAACAUUCCUGAAAAUGUUGUAAAGUUGAAAGCAGAUGAAAUGAGUGUAUGUGUGUGCAUGACUUGCCAAAAUCCAGAAUUGAAGAUUGAAAGCUUGAUCAAAAGACGGUUUCUUGCUAUCGAUACAGACAUCGAGAAGAUAGUUUCUAAUGAUGAGGCCUGGGACACUUUCAUGGCGACAGUGGGGGUGCUUAGGGCCCGCCGGGCACUGCUGACCUACAACUCUUGGUUCGUGAAUACCUGUGACAAUGUGCACAAAGAGAAAAGGACUGUCACGAGUUCCCUGGCAGAAGUGAUUGACCUGCUAGAGAGCGAGUUGCACGCCCUGAAGAUUCACCUUAACCGCACCUGCCAGACGUAUGAAGAAGUGUUUAAGGCAAAGUGCGAAGCGAAUGCCUCUCCGCAUCAUGCAGUUGUACAAAGCAGCUGGGCACCUCUGAUUCUGUUCCAUCCCGUCGGUCCGGGCGGGCCGGCGGAGCCCCAAGGUGCGGUGAACGUACAGUGCGGGUAUGUCUGGUCCAAGGAGGAAACCACAGGUUUUGCCGCCAUGUCCGACGCCAGAGAUCGAACAGCGGCCGCCGUGUGCGCGAGCCUCGAGAAAGUAUUGGAGAAAAUUAUCAAACAAGAGAUAAGGACCAUUACCUUCAUCACUGACCCUCAGACCCACACCUCCUGUGUGCGCGAAUAUACCCGCAGGUGUGAAAUUCAAACCGAGUGGAUCUUCCUCGACCCAGAGCACGGUUGCAGCAACGCAGAAACUGUCGGGCAUUCCAUCACGAAGCUCCUGUGCGACAGCAUCAACAGCAGUCCAGUGGGAGGGCUUCGCAGCGCCCGGCACGUGUUCGACCUCGUAAGUGUGCGCUCCAGCAGCCUUAUGCACCUGUAUGGCGAAGGGGACGUCCGGCGUCUCAGGGAGCUUUUGGGCGCGAACGCGAACGAGCUUCGUGAAGAAGACGCGCAAGCUGCAGUUACUUCGGACGGAAAUUGAAGAUACUCAGAUUUUUAUUUUAUUAUUAUCUUCAUGUGUAAAAUAAUACUAACAGAACCAAAGAUAGUUAUAGAUAGCUAUAGAAUGGCACACACACUGAGUGAUGCAAUGCUGGUAGGAAUUAGCCGGUGAUGACAUUCGCCCAACAAGAAACGCCACAGAAACCUUCACCUGAGGCGGCAGAUGAGAAUGAAAACUCACGCCGGAAAAAUGCGGUAACGAAUCGAUAUCAAUACGGCACACCCACUUCGAUUCAGGGACUCGGUAAAAUUGAAUUUGCUACAAAAGAUUUUAUUACAUAUAUAUGUAGCAUACAAAUUUCAAUUAUAUCGAUUAUUGAUAUUCAUCCUAUCCUUGAGAUAUCACGGAGAGUGCAGUGUGUUUACAGGAAAAUAUUACAUCUUGUUUCCAUUGUAAGUAAACGCGCGCGUGUGCACACACACUCACAUACACACACACACUCACACACUCACUCACUCACUCACUCACUCACUCACUCACUCACUCACUCACUCACUCACUCACUCACUCACUCACUCACUCACUCACUCUCUCUCUCUCUCUCUCUCUCUCUCUCUCUCUUUCUCUUUCUCUCGCUGUCUUAGUGUGUAUAUAUGAAGUGAAUAUAAUAUUUUAUAGUUCUGAAUAUUAUGUUUAAUAGCUUUUGAAACGGCGUUGAGUGUAAACAUUCUUAGGUGGUUGUGUGAGGAGCACAUUUAUACUUGUCAAGUCCUCUCUUGUACAUAUUAAUCUUCUGUACAAAAAAUAGUUUCUGUUACCUGAUUUUAAUAAAUGACCUUAGCAUGUUAUGAUGUUUAGCAAAGUUAAUAAAAGAAGUUUGUAUUGUAUGGGUGCAUUUUAGCAGAAAUAACAUGAUGGUAUAAGGAGGAAUGGAUAAAAGUUCUAGUCCUGCUUUUGGAAGUAUUAUCGUCGGCAAAAUGAGGUAGUUGAGUUCUGUGAUAACUUUAUUGCUCUUACAGACAUCGUAGUACCUAUAAAAGGCAUCUAUUUUUGUAAAGAAUGUUGUAAUUACAUAUAUGUGACUAAU